AUGGAACAACCCAAAGGUUUCAUUAAUACCCAAUUUCCCGCACAUGUUUGCAAAUUGAACAAGGCCAUUUAUGGAUUAAAACAAGCUCCACGUGCUUGGUUUCAUCGUUUGAGCUUAUUCCUUUUGGAAAAUGGUUUCUCGUGUAGCCGUGCCGAUCCAUCCCUAUUUGUCUACAAUCGUGAUUCUCGUAUGAUGUACCUUCUCGUAUAUGUAUAUGUCGAUGACAUUAUUCUUACGGGCAACCAUAGAUCUACUAUCGACUCCUUCAUUACUGUUCUACAUAAUGAAUUCGCCAUCAAGGAUCUUGGUAAACUCAACUACUUUUUGGGCUUGGAGGUUACCUACACUCAAAAUGGUAUUUUCUUGAAUCAAUCCAAAUAUGCCUUAGAUAUUCUAACUCGCGCGAAGAUGUUGGAUGCUAAACCUGCUCCAACACCUUUAAGCACAAAUGUUUCCUUUGUUUCUACAGUUACCUUGUUUCCGGAUGCUACCUUCUAUCGCUCAAUUGUAGGUGCUCUCCAAUACUUGACGAUCACGAGACCUGAUAUUUCAUAUGCUGUUAAUCAAGUCAGUCAAUAUCUUCAUGCUCCAACUACGACUCACUUUCAGGAAGUGAAAAGAAUCUUGCGCUAUCUCAAGGGUACUCUUGCGUUUGGAUUACAUUAUACGCGUCCCACUACCACAUCGCUUCUCGGAUAUUCUGAUGCUGAUUGGGCUCGUUGCUUAGAGACACGUCGCUCUACUUAUGGUUAUUCUAUUUUUUUGGGUGGGAAUCUGAUCUCAUGGAGUGCUAAGAAGCAACCGACUGUUGCUAGAUCUAGUUGUGAAUCAGAAUAUCGCGCUAUGGCUAACACUGCUGCCGAGAUUGUUUGGAUAACUCAUCUUCUUCAAGAACUUCAUGCUCUUCCUCCGAACAGACCCACUAUUCUUUGUGAUAAUCAAAGUGCUAUUUUUCUAACUCAAAAUGCGGUUGCACAUAAACGUGCCAAACACAUAGACCUUGAUUAUCACUUUUUGCGAGAAUUGGUUAAUGCAGGAAAGCUAGCUACCAAGUUUGUUCCAACCAAGCUUCAGGUGGCUGACAUCUUCACAAAGAGUCUUCCUAGUUCUCAGUUCAAUGUUUUUCGCAACAUGCUUCGAGUUGGUCCCCCACCGUUCAGCUUGCAGGGGAUGUUAGAUAAUAGUUAUAGUUUGCAUAUUAUUUAUGUUUUAAUCUUCUUUAUUCUUUGA